AUGGGGACUCGGGGAGCGAAUUCAGAACUCAGCCUCCAACUCAGUACGAGCCAACUCACCACGAGCACUGAUUUACAUAAGGCGUGGCACAUUUUUGCUGUUUUACUCGCCCACAGGCUCCCGGCCCGGCCGGCUGAGCUCGCUUCUAAAUGCACGCUCUUUGAUUCAAGUUCGGGUGAAAUUCAAUUCCUCUGCUCAAUACCUAACUCUCCUAUCAGUUUAGCUCACAAUCACCUUGUCACCAUAUCGCCGAUUGGAUUUGCUGCUAUUGUGCAAUUUGUCGCAAAUGCUAAUGUGAUUUGUACGAAUUGGAAUUUGAUUUCGGAGUUCGUGCCGAGGUGGAUCAGGCUCAGAGAUAUUAGACCGAAUGACAUGGCGAGGACUUAUUUUAGGAGGAGGAAGAGGCUGAUAUCGGAUGUUGAGGAUUUGUCAGGGGUAAAAAGGAGACGUUUUUCGGAAAUAUCAGUGGACAAGAGUCAAAAGGCGACAGUGUCUAAUGAUAUUGGGAAUCCUUCAAGUGAGGCUUGCUUUUUGGGUGGCAAAUUGAACAGAAGCCAGAUGAUACCAUCUAGUAUUUUAUCAGGCAUGGCAUUUGAUAGCCAAAAACUGGAGAAAAUCAAGUCUAAAACUUCCUUUGUAGUCAAUUGUAAUGUUGGACUAUUGAGUUAUGAAAUUGACAAUAUUGAACGUGCAUAUGAAGAGAUGCAAGAUAACCUAAACCGGAAAGAGCUUGGACAUGUUCAUAGCAAUAGGUGUCAAGCUGAUUAUCCUUUUUGUGAAAGAUUUCCACAUUUUCUAGAUCCAACAGUAGUAAAGAGAACAAUGAAUCCCAUAUCUCAUACAGAGCUCUCAUUUCUACCUGCUAUACUGGAAAAUCUAGAAGUGAGCAAAGAUAGCGGGGUAGAUGUUAUAAAUCCCACUGGUAAUAUAUAUCUUAAUACCACAUCUUGUAUAGAAGUAGAUCAGAAGAUGACAGUUUCACAACCACAGACUGAGGCCAUUGUUAAUGGUUGUAAGCCAGUUACCGUAGACAUAAAGAUUAUGGGAAAAGUAGAAGAAGAACCAUUAAAUGAUUUUGGUCGCUGCAGAGGAGUUAAUGAGAAUUUGCAGACUGAUAUAACCUAUGCUGAUAAAUCACCAAGGCGUGAUCUUGGAGAGAUCACUACCACCAGGUUCAAUAAUGUAGAACCAAAUCGGCACAAAUUGAGAAUGGAAAUACCUGUACAGAGUCAGGGACACACACCAAAGCAGUUGGCAAAAUCCUCCUUUACACUGAAAUCUGUUCAGAAGGAUGCGACAAAUUGUGGAGCACCAGCCAUCCGCAAAACCGUGGAGAAUAACAAACAUUUUGAUCCUCCUGUGGAGCUGCAGCAAUUUAAAAGAGAUAAGAAUCAAAUCUCCAUCAAACAGAAGAAUCAAAUGGAGGGAAAACCGUUUCCAGACUUUGAAUCAUUUAUUGUUGAAGAAGAAGAGGGUUCAGGAGGUUAUGGGACAGUUUACAGGGCAAGGAGAAAGACUGAUGGUGCGGUAUUUGCUAUCAAAUGUCCUCAUGCCAAUGCUAACAGACAUCAUGUGCACAAUGAGUUGAAGAUGCUGGAGCGCUUAGGGGGAAAAGGCUUUGUGAUUAAAUAUGAAUGUACACUGAAGCAAGGGAAUUCUGAUUGUCUAGUUUUGGAGCAUGUUGAACACGACCGACCUGAGGUCUUGAAGAGAGAAAUAGAUAUUUAUCAGCUCCAGUGGUAUGGCUUUUGUAUGUUCAAAGCCCUUGCUGGUCUACAUAAGCAGGGAAUUGUUCACAGAGAUGUUAAACCCGGCAACUUUCUUUUCUCCCGAAAGGUCAACAAGGGUUAUCUCAUUGAUUUUAAUCUUGCAUUGGAUUUGCAUCAGAAAUAUGGGAACACUGGUGAUAACUCCAAAGGGGGUUGGGGUCAUAGUGUGAGCUUUGAUCACAUUCCACUUCCUCAUACCAAAUCUCUACCUCCUGAAAGAAAUAGGAAGCUCCUAAAUACAAAAGUUCCCGAAGUAGUCAAUCAGGAUGCAGGAAAAAGCUCCAGGUCCCUCUUAUUACCUAGGAACCUGAAAAGGAAAUCAGAUCCGGCAAAGAUUUAUACCAACUCUAGCAGUCAGAAUAUCAUCAAAAGCCAAGGUGCUGAUGGGUCUGGGAUAACUUCCGCAAAGGAUGCAACAAGCACUAGGACUCCAUCUGCAGAAAAGUUGAGAGAACCCAUACCAAGCCAAGGAAGGAAGGAACUGAUUAGCCUGGUUCAGGAAGCACUGCAUUGUGCAAAUCAAAAAUCAGUUAAUAUUCCUAUUUCUACGAGAAAGAGAGUUGCUGCACCUCCUGGAAAAGUGGACAGUAAAUUCUUUUAUCCCACUCCAAUGCCUCUGCACGCAUCUGGAAUUGCUAUUGGUGGUGCUGGAUUACUAAAAAGUAAAGGGGAUGGAAAGCACAAACGAGAAGGUCCCUGUGUUGGAACUAAAGGUUUCAGGGCUCCAGAGGUAUUGUUCAGAUCUCUACAUCAAGGCCCAAAGAUUGAUGUUUGGUCAGCUGGAGUCACCUUACUCUACUUGAUGAUUGGGCGAACGCCUUUUGUUGGUGAUCCCGAUCAGAACAUAAAGGAGAUUGCAAAGUUGAGGGGCAGUGAAGAUCUAUGGGAAGUAGCCAAGAUACACAACCACGAAUCUUUGUUCCCAGUGGACUUGCUUGACGUGAAAUACUUGACAUCGGUGAAACUUAGAGAUUGGUGUGAACAUAAUACACGAAGACCAGAAUUCUUCGAGUCUAUACCAAGAUCACUUUUCGACCUUGUCGAUAAGUGUUUAACAGUAAAUUCAAGAUUGAGGAUCAGUGCAGAGGAAGCUCUUAGACAUGAAUUUUUCUCGUCGUGCCAUGAGACUAUUAGAAGGCACAGGCUGCAAAAACAAGGGCGAAGUCUGGACUCUAGAAUUUCACAUAUCCUACAUGGACAGUCUCAGACAGCUGAACUAGCGUUGUGA